ACGUCAAUGAGCCCCUCCCCCUACAGCUUCAGUUCAGAACCACGGUCAGCUCUCAGCGCGCGCUGAUCUCAUUGUCACUUUAUAGUCGGUAGAAAGACUGCCAGAGGAAACCAGCAAAACAGCAGCAGUGGAUUGUUUUUCCGACACUCCCCGUGUUAUCUUCCAUUAAAUCCGUUAUGGUAAACGGAGAGUUAAACGAAAAAAACACGUAAGCAGCAACAAUUUAAUUCGGUAGACGACUGCUGGCGGUUGGAGCAGCUUUUUCUCUCGCGCUGAGGAGAAGCAAGAACUUGCGUUGAAAUGUUGGACCCAUCCUCCAGCGAGGAGGAGGCGGAUGAGGUUGUGGAAGAGGAGCGCAAAGUGGUGGCUGCGCCCAAGGCUGGUGGUCCUCGGGUGUCUCCAAGCAGGUCCAGCGAAAGCUCUGGUGGUUUACAGCCAAGCCGAAUCGCUAAUGCCCGACCAACGAGCCCGAGCCCCUCAGUGGCGAUCGAGAAUGAAAAGGAUGAAUUAGAAAAGAUGCAAAGGGAAGAAGAGGAGAAAAAGAAGAGGCUUCAGCUUUACGUAUUUGUGAUGCGCUGUAUUGCUUAUCCGUUUAAUGCGAAGCAGCCGACCGACAUGGCGAGACGACAGCAAAAGAUCAGCAAGCAACACCUUCAGACAGUUAAAGAUCGUUUCCAGGCCUUCCUGAGUGGAGAUACUCAGAUUGUAGCCGAUGAAGCCUUCAUCAAUGCUGUCCAAAGUUACUACGAGGUGUUCCUUAAAAGCGACCGUGUGUCUCGUAUGGUCCAAAGCGGUGGCUGCUCCGCCAGUGACUCCCGUGAGGUCUUCAAGAAGCACAUCGAGAAACGUGUCCGCAGCCUGCCAGAGAUUGAUGGUUUGAGCAAGGAGACGGUCCUGAGCUCGUGGAUCGCCAAGUUCGAUACCAUCUACAGGGGAGAGGAAGACCCACGCAAACACCAGCAGCGCAUGACAGCCAGCGCUGCCUCCGAGCUCAUUCUCAGCAAGGACCAGCUGUAUGAGAUGUUUCAACAGAUUCUUGGCAUUAAGAAGUUCGAGCACCAGCUACUGUAUAAUGCUUGUCAGUUGGAUAAUCCUGAUGAACAGGCUGCCCAGAUCAGAAGAGAGCUGGAUGGAAGACUCCAAAUGGCUGAUCAGUUCACAAAAGCUGGCAGGUUCCCUAAGUUUGUGUCCAGGGACAUGGAGGCCAUGUACAUUGAGGAGCUGAAGUCAUCAGUGAACCUGCUGAUGGCUAAUCUGGAGAGCAUGCCGGUGUCAAAAGGAGGAGAUUUUAAACUGCAGAAGCUCAAGAGAGGCCAUAACACCUCCAUCAUGGACAUGGGCCAGGAGGACGAGAAUCAGCUCUCCAAGUCUGACGUAGUUUUGUCUUUCACACUGGAGGUGGUGAUUAUGGAGGUACAGGGUCUAAAGUCUUUAGCACCAAACCGGAUUGUUUACUGCACCAUGGAAGUGGAAGGCGGACAGAAACUUCAGACCGACCAGGCAGAGGCCUCCAAACCAACUUGGGGUACUCAAGGAGACUUCACCACCACUCACCCACUUCCAGCUGUAAAGGUGAAACUCUUCACAGAGAGUACAGGAGUGCUGGCACUGGAGGACAAAGAGCUGGGACGGGUUGUGUUGCAUCCAACACCCAAUAGUCCCAAACAAUGUGAGCUCCAUAAAAUGACUGUUGCCAAAGGUUGCCCAGAUGGCCUGAAGAUCAAAUUGGCUGUGCGUAUGGACAAACCACAGAACAUGAAGCACUGUGGUUACCUUUGGGCCAUUGGGAAAAACCUGUGGAAAAGAUGGAAGAAGAGGUUCUUCGUCUUGGUUCAGGUGAGCCAGUAUACUUUUGCCAUGUGUAGCUACAGGGAGAAGAAAGCAGAACCUGUUGAACUUCUCCAACUGGAUGGAUACACUGUGGAUUACACCGACCCUCAGCCAGGUCUGGAUGGUGCUCGGACAUUCUUCAAUGCUGUGAAAGAGGGAGACACUGUGAUCUUCGCCAGCGAUGAUGAGCAAGAUCGAAUCCUGUGGGUUCAAGCGAUGUAUCGUGCCACAGGCCAGUCCCACAAACCUGUGCCCCCGACCCAGGUGCAGAAACUCAACGCCAAAAAAGGGACAGCACCACAGCUUGAUGCUCCCAUCUCUCAGUUCUAUGCAGACCGAGCACAGAAACAUGGAAUGGAUGAGUUCAUCUCGGCUAACCCCUGCAAUUUUGACCACUCUUCGCUGUUCGAGACGGUUCAGCGGUUGACACUGGACCACAGACUCAAUGAUUCAUACUCCUGUUUGGGUUGGUUCAGUCCAGGUCAGGUUUUCGUAUUAGAUGAGUACUGUGCCAGGUACGGAGUGCGAGGGUGUCACAGGCACCUGUGUUACCUGAAUGACCUGCUGGAGAGAGCAGAGAAAGGGUCCAUGAUCGACCCCACACUACUGCACUACAGCUACGCCUUCUGCGCCUCUCACGUUCACGGCAACAGGCCUGAUGGAAUCGGUACUGUCACAGUAGAAGAGAAGGAACACUUUGAGGAGAUCAAAGAACGACUCCGCGUGCUGCUCGAAAACCAGAUCACACACUUCAGGUAUUGCUUUCCAUUUGGACGCCCAGAAGGAGCCUUAAAAGCCACGUUGUCACUGCUUGAGAGGGUUUUAAUGAAGGACAUUGUGACACCUGUACCUCAGGACGAGGUGAAGGCAGUGAUUCGUAGAUGUCUGGAGCAGGCAGCUUUAGUCAACUACCAGCGUCUCUCAGAAUAUGCCAAGGUGGAAGGGAAAAAGAGAGAAAUGUAUGAGCAUCCUGUCUUCUGUUUGGCGUCACAAGUGAUGGAUUUAACAAUUCAAAAUGUAGGGCGCUUAAUCACACCUGCCAAAAGGCUUGAGGACACGCUCCGUCUGGCCGAGCUGGUCAUAGAGGUUCUCCAGCAGAAUGAGGAACAUCACGCAGAGGCCACACGCCCAAGUACGGGAGGUCAGGCGGGUAAAGAGGCAUUUGCAUGGUGGUCAGAUCUGAUGGUUGAACAUGCCGAGACAUUUCUGUCUCUAUAUGCUGUGGACAUGGACGCGGCACUGGAGAUCCAACCACCAGACAGCUGGGACAGCUUCCCUCUCUUUCAGCUUCUCAACGACUUCCUGCGCAUUGACUAUAAUUUAUGUAAUGGGAAGUUUCAUAAGCACCUUCAAGACCUGUUUGCCCCUCUAGUGGUGAGGUAUGUGGAUCUCAUGGAGUCCUCCAUAGCUCAGUCCAUACACAGAGGAUUUGAACGAGAGUCUUGGGAACCUGUCAAGAGUUUAACGAGUAAUCUACCCAGUGUCAACCUACCAAAUGUGAAUCUACAAAUGCCUAAAGUACCAAAUCUACCAUUGUCAGUUAAUCUGCCACCAAUGCAAAUGCCUAGCUUUUCCACCCCCAACUGGAUACCGGGUUUAUCUGAUACUGAUAAUGGUUCGGGGACUUCUGAAGAUUUGUUUUGGAAGCUGGAUGCAUUGCAGACAUUCAUCAGAGACCUGCACUGGCCUGAAGAGGAGUUCGCCAAACACCUGGAGAGCCGACUCAAACUCAUGUCCAGUGACAUGAUUGAGUCCUGUGUAAAAAGGACCAGAGCAGCCUUCGAGGUGAAGUUGCAGAAGAGUCCACGCACUACAGACUUUCGUGUACCUCAGUCCAUAUGCACCAUGUUCAAUGUUAUGGUGGACGCCAAGGCCCAGUCGGCCAAACUAUGUGCCAUGGAGCUCAGCCAAGAGUUUGUUAGAGAAUGGAGACAGUACCACUCGCAAAUUGACAAUCUCAUCGAGGAGACGGUGAAAGAAAUGAUUACUUUACUUGUGGCAAAGUUUGUUGUGAUCCUAGAGAGUGUUCUGGCAAAGUUGUCACGUUAUGAUGAGGGCACACUUUUUUCCUCCUUCCUGUCAUUUACAGUAAAAGCUGCUUCAAAAUAUGUGGACGUACCUAAACCUGGGAUGGAUGUUGCCGACAGCUAUGUGACAUUCGCUCGUCACUCUCAGGAUGUCUUGCGGGACAAGGUCAAUGAGGAGAUGUAUAUAGAAAGGUUGUUUGAUGUAAGUAAUGGCUGUCUUCUCCUUCGGUGAAGGGGGAGGCCCUCCAAAAUGUGACAUAACAGCCAGCUAGGAGGGAUAAGUCACAUUUUGAGACCCUGCUUCUCUCUCUUUCUCAGUUAAUUUCUCGAUCUUUUAAUCUUUGACUUCAACUUUCUCUCUUGCACUGCUUCUUUAGCUUAACCUUUCCACUCUGCAGUGCUGUGUGUGUUCCUGAAUGUUCUGGCUGUAAUAUUCCCUUUGCUCUGCUCGUUAUUCCCUUUUUUUUGUGAACUGUUAUUUUUCUCUGCUCGUUAUUCUUAGUGCAACAUUUUUGAGGAGGAUUAUCUUAAGAUGUGUUCUCACAGAAAGGGGCAUGCAGAUGUAUAUGCUUAAGUAGUUCAAGCUACCUACAACAAACUGCAGUUAAAGAGAGAAACUGAGAAUCUACAGAUGUUUACAUAGCCCUAGAUAGAGAUAUACAGAAGCCCUAAGUGGACAGGCUUGUUUUGUCAUGAUCACAAUUUCCUUGUAAUCUCGGUAUUCAAAAAUCCCCCUAGAUCUCAACACAUGAUUUGG